AUGUCGAGGUUUUCCUUUACAAAUAAAAAUAGUCGAUGUUAUGCAGAAGUAAGGAUUCAUGACAGCUUUCUGAUUACUGAUUAUCAAAUUAUAAAAUAGGUUAAGAAAUGUUCUUCUAGUUAUGAGACGGUGGAUGGCAUAGGUAUGAUGAUAUAUUCAAGGAAAAGUGAGAAGUGAUUUAAUUGAAUAAGUGGAGAGUGGCUUAGAGCAGAGAAUAAGAACAAACGAUGGAAAGUAUGCAUGGGAAGAAUUAGAAAUUUAAAAAUAAUUCUGAUGCAUUUUCUCUACAGUAUCAAUUUGUGGCUGGAUAUGGAAUAAUCUGGUAUAUUAAAAUUAAAGAGGAUAGAUAAACACUGGUGAGAAUGUAUAUGAAAAAGAUGAUGACAUCGUGCAUGGAUCUUGGUGGAGAUGAAGUUUGGAUUUUCUUAUUCUGGAAAGCAUGUUAAAUAGGAAUAUUAUUCUUCAUUAGGGGUUCAAUAUUACGUUUUGUUAAUUUUGUAAGUGACUCUUUAAUAAAUAGAAGGAUGUACUUAGCCAUUAAUACAAAGAGAGCGUAAACCUUGCGAUAAAGAAGACCGUUCAUACAAUUUAUUGAUUCAGUCAUGUAAGUAAUAAAAAAAAUGAAAAUGUACAACAGUUUAUAAACCCCCAUUUAAAUAAAAUAUUAUUUCCGUAUUUUAAAAGGAUUACAAUAUUAUUAUCAUAAUUAAUUAUAUUAAAAAGCAUAUUGA